AUGAGAUAUAAUGCAACAUAUGUAGUAAAAUAUUUCUCAGUUGGAUCGGUUUGGGUUGGCUUUGAUGAUGCUGAGGUGGUCAAAAUAAAGGUCGCUUAUGCCAAACAGAAAAAAUUUGUUGGUUACUUUGUGUGGGAAGUCUCAUAUGAUGACAAUUGGGAGCUUUCUCUAGCAGCAGCUGGUCCUAAUCUGCAAGUCUUUACUUUGGCUGAGAUUGAGGCAGCUACAGGUGAACUUUCAAUUGAAAAUAAACUUGGAAAGGGAGGUUAUGGUCCUGUUUACAAGGGUGAAUUACCAAAUGGACAAGAAAUAGCAGUGAAGAAGCUCUCAAAAACGUCUACACAAGGAUUUGAAGAAUUCAAGAAUGAGGUUGUACUUACCGCGAAACUACAACAUGUAAAUCUUGUUCGACUUUUGGGAUUCUGCACUGAAAGGAAUGAACAGAUGCUGAUCUACGAAUACAUGCCCAACAAAAGCUUGGACUUCUACCUCUUUGACGCCAGCAAAUCGUUUAUACUGGAUUGGAGAAGACGUAUUGACAUCAUUGAAGGGAUAACUCAGGGGCAUCUGUAUCUCCAAGAAUACUCAAGAAUGACAAUUAUUCACCGAGACAUAAAAGCUAGCAACAUUUUACUUGAUGAAGAGAUGAAGCCUAAGAUAUCAGAUUUUGGUAUGGCUAGAACAUUCAUGAAACAUGAACAUGAAGCAAAUACAGAUCACCGGAUUGUUGGAACAUCUGGGUAUGUUCCUCCAGAAUAUGUUAAAAGGGUGUCUACUCCACCAAAUCUGAUGUUUAUAGCUUUGGAGUCUUGCUUCUACAAAUCAUUAGUGGAAAGAGAAAUGCCUAUUACUAUGUUUUCUCAACUUAAAGGAGCGAAAGAUAAGCCAUCCAUGUUGGAAGUUUCCUCAAUGCUAAAAAAUGAAUCUAAAGCUCUAACAAUUCCCAAAAAGCCAGCUUUUUCAAGAAAAACAGAUGAAGAUCAGCUGGAAGAUAAGCCCAUAUUGCAGCAAGAAAUUUGUUCUGACAAUUUUGCUACAAUCUCAGAACUGAAAGAGAAUGAGGAGUUAAAGCGGCAACACGUUGCUACGCCACCAGUCAAUAACGAACAGACAGAAGGAGAUGCUCACAGUGCAAGCGGGGUCAACGCCGAGGAACUUGGAAAGAGGAAGCUACACAACCAACUGAAGAACUUCAUUGAUAAAUACGAAGAGAUGUCAAGAAAAAUGGGAGGAUCUUCUUUCAUAGAGCAAUUGUUGAACCGAACGAAUCUCCUUUACAAUGAUGAAGUAAUGGCAAUAACACUCUCGUCCAAGUUCAAAAUCCCUCAGGUCGACAUAUACGAUGGGUCGAGGGAUCCUGUAGAUCACUUGAAAAAUUUUAAAGCGCACAUAACUCUCCAUGACUUUCCAGGAGAAGUUGCUUGA